CCGGCCAGCUGCGCCGCCGCCCCGAGCGCCCGCCGGGCACGCGCGCCUACACGCAAGCCUGCAUGGGCCUUGGUUUUGGCGUGACCCCGCCGGGCACUCCCGAACGCCGCGCCAUCUCCCCAGUCCCGCACCUCUCGCUACACGACUACUGGCCCUCUGUGUCCUCCGUCAGCGACAACGACGACGUCGACGUGGUCCUCGAUUACAACGUAAAUAACGAUGUUCAGCUUAAUGACACACUGUUCGACAUGCUGCUGAACAGUUUAUCUAUCGAGGGCGGCACCUCGACGGGCGAGGGCGCGCUGUCGGGUGAGGAGGCGCGGCCCGCGACCCCGCCCGUGCAGCCCUGGAGCCCCGCGCUGCCGCCGCCUCACGCCGUCGUGGUCGUCAGCGAAUAUCGCGGUUUGGCGCCGAGUAUGAUCGAUAGGCGGGCUUCGUAG